UGAAGUUGAAGUGGAGUUGCUUACCCUCGCAGCUGCCCAUCUCUGUGAGCCCUUAAAUGCAAUAGAUACGAACUAAAGAAUACAGAAUCAAUUAGAGGAAAUUACAGCGAUUGUUGAAAUUCUUGAUAGUAGACUUGUCAGAGUGAGAUUUAGAUAAUUACAAUUAGUUAUUCAAUGUUGAUAAAUUCUUUUGUGUUUAGUGAAAGUGGGAAAUACAAUUGGUUGGGGUAUUUUCUAUGAUGAAAAUUGUCAAGAUGAUAAAAUUGAACAAUUAUGUCUUGUUUUUGUUAUGUUUAAUAAUAAAAUAAUUGAUGCUCUUUUUGUUCUACAACCUGAAGGUGGUUUUGUUCCGAUUGUAUUGCUUCAACCAUAUGCAACAAAAGUAUCAAUUGAAACAAGAAAUGUAUUGACAAACGAAGAAUUAAAUAACCUUCAAGGAUUAUAUAUACAAAUGUUAGGACCAGCAAUAGAAAUUUAUCAAAAAGAUAAAAAUGAACGAAAUUUAUCCGAAGAUUUAUUUCGAAAAAGUGAUGAAGUUCUGUUAAAUAAUAAUGAUUAUGCUUGUCGAGUUUCUAUUCCAACAUCUAAAAAUUCGCUUCAUUACAUACAAUUUAAUCGACCAUUAACUUAUGAACGACGUUUCUUUUUCGUUGAAUUAGAUAAUAUCAAUCAACAAUGUCAAGUAAUAGUUGGUGUUGCUUCAUCAAAAAAUAAAUUAAAUGAAGCAGCACCAGGAAUUCUUCAAGAUACAGUUGGUUACAAUUCUUCUACAGGAAAAUUAUAUUCCAAUCGUAAACAUAUAGGAAAUAUGCGUGGACAUAGAUGUCAAAAGGGUGAUACAAUGGGUGUUGAAAUACAAGUUUUCAAUAAAGAUAUGAGUGUUGUUUUAUUCAGUAAAAAUUUCCGACCAAUUGGUACACGUUAUUUAACAUUAAAUGAUCAUUCAGAAUAUUUUCCAACAAUAUUUAUUGAAAAUAAUCAUUAUCCUGUUGAAUUAUCAAUUUAUUGGCAAACACGAAUUGCUAUUCCACCGUAUUUCUGUAUGAACAAUCCAGAAGAUUGGUGUGUACCAAAUGGAACAAAGAUUGAUUUACAAGAAAAAAUAUUCAUUUUACCACAACAUAUUAAUCAAUCAUUAUGUAUUCAAGCUCCAUACAGUUUAAAUAAAAAAUAUAACCAUUUUGAAAUCAUUCUUUUGGAUAAAAUAAGUGAUGAUGAACCACUACCUGCUAUUGCAUUAUGUACAGCUUCACCUAUGAAUUCAUCGUCAAUAUCUGAAUUUAAACAGGAUUAUGUACGUUUCUGGGCAACAGAUGCAGGUGCAAAGUAUUUAAAUCAAGGUGAUAAAAUUGGUUGGAAUAUUUUAUUUCCUGAAGAAGAAAAUGAACAAUUAAUUAUUUGUUAUUUAACUAUUAAUGACACUGUUGGCUAUGCUCGAGUACUUUAUCAACCUAUUGGUGGUUUUUAUCCAGUUGUUAUAGCUCCACCAAAUGUCAAUCGUAUACAAAUUAAUUUUUCUGCUACAAAGAUAUUAUCAGAAGAUUUUACGUCAGAACAAAUUAAAACACUUAUUAUGAACGCUCGACAUCAAAUAGAAGAUCAAGAACAAGAACAACAAUUAACAAAACGUUUAAUGGGAAAAAACAAUAUGACGAUAAAUGAACAGUCAUUUAUUAUGAAUUCGACAAAAUUACAUGAUAAACAAUAUAAUACAAAUGUUCCAAUAGUGAAAUCAGCAGCUUGUGUUAUUCUUUGA